AUGACUAGCAACCAAGGAAAUAAGCAAACUCUCUCACCUUCCACUACUCGUUUCUUUAAAGUUAUGACAACAACAAUUUGUCAAGAUGAAAAGCUUAGGAUUCCAAACGGUUUCAUUAGAAAACAUAAUAAUGAUAUGUCAAGUCGAAUGUUUCUCAAGACUCCGGAUGACAAAAAAUGGGAAAUGCACAUCACUAAAGAUGAUGAAGGUUUUUGGUUUGAAAAGGGUUGGAAGGAAUUUGCUACAUAUUAUUCACUAGAUCAUGGAUACAUGAUAUUCUUUCAAUAUGAAGGAAACUCUCUUUUUGUGAUACACAUAUUUGGCAAGAAUACAUUUGAAAUUGAAUAUCCUUUCAAUGAAAAUCAUCAUGAACAAGACAAUCUUGUUGAAACUAGUGAUGAUGACUCCGUUGAAAUUUUGGAUAAGUCAACUUCAUGCAAGAAGAAGACUAGACCUAAAUCGCCAGUUUCAUAUCCUCAGCCACAAAAGAAGAAACUUAGAAGUGACACAAGUAAAGAUGUUGGAACAAGCUCCAAAUUUCAUGGCUUUCCUAAGCAUCAUGUUCAAGGUAGUGACGAUACAAGUGAUAGCAUCGAACACCAGAGAGCGGAGCAUGAGCACGAGAAUGAAGCGUUAAAUAGAGCUAGAAGAUUCAAAUCUAAAAACCCUUCAUUCAUGAUUGUCAUGAAACCUUCAUAUCUUUUUAGCUAUUUUUUGCAUAUUCCAACAAAAUUUACAAUAGAUUAUAUGAAGAAAGAGCAAAGUGAAAUUCUUCUUGAGCUCGUGGAUGGUAGAAUUUGGGAUGCCAAAUAUUGUUUUGGAAAAAUUAAAGUUGGAUGGAAGAAAUUUGUAGGAGACAAUGAGUUGAAAAAUGGUGAUGUGUGUGUGUUUGAGUUAGUCAAAAGCAAAACUCUUACUUUAAAAGUACUAAUUUUUCGACUUGAAGAAUCACAUUUUCCAUCACCUCAAGAUCAAAGAGACAAAGACAUCUCGGGUGCCGAGAGUCAACCCAUUAUUCUCGAUAAAGACGAGAAGGUGCAACGAAGAACUUCAUUGCGAACAAAGACUCAUGUAUUUAUGAAUGAAGUUCAGGACAAAGAUGAUAAAGAUGAUAAGUUCAACUUUAAAUAUCCUUUUUUCAAAGUCAAAAUUACAAUGAAUCCACGGAGACACUCUAGAUUGAUUUUACCAAUGUCCUUCAUUAGAAAGUAUUUGGAUAAUAAGAAGGAGCAGAUUGUGAUGUUAAAAAUUGGGAAGAAAUCAUGGCCUGUAAAAUUGCUAUGUUAUUCAGACAGGAAAUCUGGAGAGUUUGCUAGAGGUUGGAAUCAAUUUUGGGAAGAAAGUAAAUUGAAAGGUGGAGAUGUAUGUGUCUUUGAGCUCAUCAAGAAGAAUAAAGAUGCUCUAUUUCAAGUUCAUAUUUUUAGAGGCAAUUGA